AUGGAGCCUCGUGCGCGUGCCGGCAAGAAUGUCGGCAAAAUGAACUUUUCCCACGCCGAACUGGCCCAGCUCCUCUAUGCCCACGGCGAUAUCAAAAAUCCCAUGCCCGAAACGGUUCGCGUUCUCGACGAGAUCCUCACCGACUUCAUGCAGUCCAUCGCCUUUGAGGCGAACCGCGCAGCCAACUACUCCGGUCGACAAAAGAUCAAGUACGAAGACUUUGAGUUUGCGUUUCGGAAGAAUCCCUCGUUUCUAGGAAAGGUCCAGGAAGUGUUUGAGAAGCAAAAGGAAAUUAAGAAGGCAAGAGAGAUUCUGAGGGAUGGAGAGGAUGAGAUCAUGAAAGAUGCGGCUGAGGAAGAGAAGAGAAAAGAGAAGGCGGUGACGAAGACAAAUAAGGUCGAGGAGGAAUUGGGCGAAGCGGACGACGAUGCUGAGGCGGAGGCUGAUGCUCUAGGGAAGAGGAGGUAA